UACUCACAGACGUAGAUCGCACACGCACGGAGAGCUCGCGCUUACUAAAUCGAGACGUUAUGGGCCGGAUAGUGGCAAGCAUGAAGCCUGGUGGCAGAUUGAAGAGCCAGGACGGCACAUUUGGAACAACACACAGCGCAGAGCAGACCGAGGCCAUCCUUGCCGGCUUGACAAGUGAUAGUGGGCAGGGCAUGAUGAAGCCUGACAAUUCAGCUGGCGCACAAACUGUCAAGCUGAAUUUCCGGAAGGAGAAGGCGGAUGCCGUGGCGGUCCCAGCGAAUGACAUCGAGGCUAUCAACACGGGCAAGCGGAAGGUGGCAGAUCUUGAGGUCAAGGCCGCGCCUGCUGGUGUAGGUUUCAUCGACACAGCAGGCGAUUUGAAUGAUGGGUACGAAGAUGAUGAAGACGAGUUCCCAAGCGACGAAGCUCUUGCGAACGCCGACAGGAUUGACCCGGACACUUUGUUGACUGAGGAGGAUAGACAGAAGCCGCUCAAUAUUCCUGAGGCAUGUAAGCCGAACACAAAGCGGCGGAGAGCCUGCAAAGAUUGCACAUGCGGUCUUGCCGAGCGAAUCGAGGCCGAGGAUAAAGCGAAGCGCGCAGAGGCGGACAAGAACCUCCAAAAGCUCAAUGUAGCAGCCCCAACCCUGGCACAAGACGAUCUGGCAGAAGUGGACUUUACUGUUCAGGGCAAGGUCGGGUCAUGCGGCAACUGCGCUUUAGGCGACGCUUUCCGAUGCGACGGAUGUCCUUACAUCGGCCUACCUGCGUUCAAGCCUGGAGAGGAAGUCAGGCUGUUGCAGAACGACAUUCAGCUGUAGACGGACCACUUGGUACGACGACACGAUAAGAUAGCAUGAAUAGACGCGGAAAUGCCGCAUGGCCCAGACUUGAGGCUAACCAUCUGUAGAUACCAUGAAUAUUAAAAUGAACUG